CUACCAUCUUCUAUUGACGCAAAGUCUUUGAGUCUCCUGUUCCUGCCAUUGGGUACUGCAAGACUGAGGUUUUUUUUGGUGCCUCGUAUAUUACAUCAAAGCAUACUUCCUCCCAGCAUGACAUCGACAUCGAGCAAUAACCCGGCCAAUGGAGAGAAGCUAGAUGCAAGAUCACUUAAGGACGAGCUUCAAGACGCGCUACCCACAGGCUUCCAUUGCAAAACCCGAUACCUUCAUUCUCCGCCCAAGCCUUGCGACUCGCUCUUCUCAUCCUUACCAGGACAAAAUCCAGAAAAGACCCGAUUGGCCAGUCACUUCUUGACAGUCAGUGCCGAUGCUAGUGCUUUACCUCAAUCAGGCACUGGCGAUGUCAUCAAUUUUGCGAUUGAGGUUCUGGUCUAUACUACGAGGAAACUCACCACUAUAUUCGUAAGCAAGGUCGACUCUACUGCUUAUGUUCCCCGAAUAAGGCCAUCUCCUGUUAAGACUGCUGUGACAACGUUUUUGAAGUGGCUGGCGGAGAAGGAGAGGCGGAAGCGUCCGAAUCGAAAGAUUGUUGUUUCACUUUUUGCUCGAGCUCAAUCACAAUAUCUGUUCCCGGGAUCUUCUGACGACAAAGGCAAGCAUGUUCUGGACGAUCGGCAACUCAUCAGAUGGUGGGCUCGCGUUCUGGAUCCGAUUAUACCAAUCGCCAAAACAGACGAUGCGAAUGCUGAAGAACUGCCGCGCUAUCAAGGCUAUUUGACUGUGCCUGGAUACGCAAAGACAGAGCUGAAAUCGUUCAUGCCGCCCAGUGCUGCUGCCUCGAAGCCAAGAUGGCUACCCGGCCAUCCUUUGAUAGAGCUUGGUCGAACCCGUGGCGUGCCUGAACAUGCACCGCCGCGAUGUCUACUUCCUCGGUUCCCGGAUGACCCAAAAGCAAGAUUCAUAUCAGACCUUGACGAUGAGAUUGGUGUAGCUCAGGACUCACAACUCACCGCUAGUCCAUCGAAAGUUAAGAGCGCUCGAUGGAAAUCAGUCAUGAGUCUGGAUCAGUUCUGGGAACAGAUGGAGUUCCGACAGGAGUGCUCAUCGGGUCGAGUGGUGGGGUUUCUCUGGCUGGUGAUCUCGCCAAACAAGGACGAGGAUGAUGUGUUUGGCAGUGAUAAUAUCGCUGUCAUGAACGCAGACAGUCAAGACUCGACCGUUUCGGUGGAAGCCGCGCCCACAAGUCAGCCUAAGAACGCCGCGGCUACCAGUGGCAGCCCCAAGAAGCGGAAGCGCAAGCCCCUCACGGGUGUGAUCGUGCCUCGUCUGCCAAAGAUCAAAUCAACUCAGUCAAACUUGCUCGACAUGCAAGCACAGCUCGACGCCGAAUCUGGUCAUGGAAUACUCGUCAACGCGGAUGGCUACGACAAAGCGAUGUCUACGAUGCUGCACCUCGACUUCUCCACGCUUGAGGCUGCGAUUUGGUCCACGACGAAGUGGACUGCGGAAGUGCAAAGCAUCGCCGGGCUGAAUGGGGAUUUCGCCGUGGACGUCGUGGGCACGGCGCAAGUAGAAAUUGCUGCGUCAGCCACAGCGGCGAAUGGCGCGGGAGUGAACGACAUGAGCGGCAUGAUCAGGAAGAAGAGGAAAGCCGAGCCAGCAUCAGAAUCACAGCAGCCUGCUGUCAAUGUGCUUGGUGCUGGCAUGGUUAGGAAGAAGCCAAAGCCGGCAAGCUGAACAUCUAUCCUCGCACCGCUCAGUAGAAGAGUCAAUCAAGCGAG